UGGGCAGUGCCGAGGCGGCGACGGCGGCGGCGGCUGAGGCGCGAGAGAGAGGCGGCGGCGCGACUAAGGCCGUCAAGCCGGACCACCAUGAGCACCAAGCAGGUCACUUGCAGGUACUUUAUGCAUGGCGUGUGUCGGGAAGGAAGUCAGUGCCUGUUCUCACAUGACCUGGCGAACAGCAAGCCGUCCACCAUCUGCAAGUACUACCAGAAGGGCUACUGCGCCUACGGGACUCGUUGCAGAUACGAUCACACGAGGCCUUCUGCUGCAGCUGGUGGUGCUGUGGGCACCAUGCCGCAUGGCGUGCCCUCCCCGGCUUUCCACAGUCCUCACCCUGCUUCCGACCUCACUGCAUCUAUUGUGAAAACUAACUUACACGAGCCUGGGAAACGCGAAAAGAGAACACUGGUACUUCGAGACCGAAAUCUGUCUGGCAUGGCCGAGAAGACUUGCCCGAGUGUGGCGACGAAUCCCGGAGGCUGCAACGAUCCCCAGAGCAGCCCAGAGAUGAAGCCACAUUCCUACCUCGAUGCCAUCAGGAGUGGCCUUGAUGACUUAGAAGCCAGCAGCUCUUGCAGCAGCAGUGAGCAGCAGUUGUGCCCCUACGCGGCUGCGGGCGAGUGCCGCCUUGGGGACGCUUGUGUCUACCUGCAUGGGGACAUGUGUGACAUCUGCAGGUUACGAGUGCUGCACCCCUUCGACCCGGAGCAAAGGAAAGCUCACGAGAAGAUCUGCAUGUCGACAUUCGAACACGAGAUGGAAAAGGCCUUUGCCUUCCAAGCAAGUCAGGACAAAGUGUGCAGUAUCUGCAUGGAAGUGGUCCUCGAGAAGGCGUCCGCUUCUGAGAGGCGAUUCGGGAUUCUCUCCAACUGCAGCCACACGUACUGCCUGUCCUGCAUCCGGCAGUGGAGGUGUGCCAAGCAGUUUGAGAACCCAAUCAUUAAGUCUUGUCCAGAAUGCCGUGUGAUAUCAGAGUUUGUAAUUCCAAGUGUGUACUGGGUAGAAGAUCAGAAUAAAAAGAACGAGUUGAUUGAAGCUUUCAAACAGGGAAUGGGGAAAAAAGCUUGUAAAUACUUUGAGCAAGGCAAAGGCACCUGCCCAUUUGGAAGCAAAUGCCUUUACCGUCAUGCUUACCCUGACGGGCGGCUGGCAGAGCCCGAGAAGCCUCGGAAGCAGCUCAGUUCUGAGGGCACUGUGAGGUUCUUCAAUUCAGUGCGACUCUGGGAUUUCAUCGAGAACCGGGAAAGCCGGCACGUCCCCAGUACUGAAGAUGUCGACAUGACAGAGCUUGGGGACCUCUUCAUGCACCUGUCUGGAGUGGAGUCGUCAGAACCCUAAGGAGUAGACGGUUACCCCUGCAACUUGGGCUCUGCCGGCCGAGCCUUCCUCAAGCUAGGGUGUGCGGAGUGGCCUUCGCUGCGACCUGAGGUGGUGUGUUGCUUGAAUUUGAGUGGGGAUGUAGCUGACCUCGGUCUCAUCCACUCCAUUAUUACAGCCGUGGGAGGAGUGAAGGAUAUAAAAUAACCCAACGAGUAUAUGGAAUCGCUACUUCUAUAGUUGAUCUCUUUAGCUGCACCUCAAGCUCCUCAGGGGGACCGGCUGACCAGCCAGAUGGCGUUUUGAUUGAUUGCUUUUAAAAGCAACCUGGCUCCCGUCCUCCUUGAGCUUUAGCUCCCUAGAAACAGUCCCCGUGCAGAUUCCUUUUUCUUAACAAAGGACCUUCCCCCCUAUAAAACGAUCCUCUCCAGUGGAUUUCCCUAGUGUACUUACUGUGUAGUCAAAAACCGUUUCUUGGAAAGCUCUGUAUAAAUCAACAAGAGGGCACCACACAGCUUAGCAUAAACUUGUGCCCUUCAGUGUCCCAGAUCAGAGCAGGAGUCCUGUUGCCGUGUGUUCUGUAAACUCCCUGGAAGGAGGGGGCUCUUGAAGUAGCAGGCACCCAUUGCUGGUUGGUGUUGGGGCCACGUGCUCCAGGGAAACUCGUCCCCGCCUGUCACCUGUGGGCCUUCCUGGGGCUGUCUUUGGGCUCCCGCCCCAAGGGUAAUUUAGCAGAGUUCAGCAUGCACACAUGCUCUUCUGUGUGGCCCCUGCUCGAAGCCACAUGUUCUGUCUGGAAGCCUGGCUUUGAUUUGAAAUUUUAUAAAAAGUUAAAUGGCACCUGGCAGUUUCUAGUUCUGACCCGGCAGUCGUCCUGAACAGAACAAGUCAUCUGUCGUCAGUGGUGACUUUAAUUGAAAGAACAUAAUUUUGUGAAUCAGAACAAAUUUGCCCCAACCCUUAAUCUAUUUUUAUAAAUAGCUAUAGACACCAAAUAUUUUAUAAAAUGCAUUAAAGUAUAGGUAGAAAAAGGUCUGCUCUUACCUGAGUUUAGAGUGCUUGCUUUUUGCAUUUUUUAUAGUUAACUCUAGUGAAGGGUGCCAGCACAAAGACUGAAUUAGGUUCCUUCCCAGUGGAGGCUCUGGGCCUGUUUCCUGCUGCUUGAGUUCUUGUUCCAGGAGGAUGAACAAAUGGGAGAGUUCAAGCUGUGAGCUCAGUAUUACUUUACUUUAAAAGGGAAGAAACAGCCAUUAAACCUACAUUUAAUUUAUUUUAUUAAAAUAACAUAAUUGAGGAACCAUCAGAUAACUGUAUUUUGUCAGGCGCAAUAAAAACAAAAUUAAAACCCAAAUCAUCAAGAAAA